AUGAGUUAUGGAUUUUGGAUGUCAAAAAGCAAGACUAUACAAGACUUAACUAUUCAAACUAUUCAAGAUAACAAUUCUCUCGCUAUAUCUAAUAUAGAAUCUACUUCCAACGUAAAAUCUAUUUUUCACGUAAAACUGACUAAUCAAGCACAGAAUGAUGCAAAUGAAGAAAUAGCCGAAUCAAGUAGCCAACUUCAAGACUCUGCAAAUGAAG